GCUAGUGAUACGCAGUUAGCGGCCAACCAAGCCAGCAUACGCUGAAGGUAUUACAGGUUUAUUAAGAUAUUUGGUAAGGUUAUUAUGUUGUCAUUUCCCACUCAACGUUUUCCUACUCCACUGAGCCAUGUCUGCGGCUGGGAACCUGAAGGUUGCUGGUUCGAUCCCGGCUCCUCCUAGCUGAGUGUCGAGGUGUCCCUGAGCAGUCACUCACCCUGACUGGUCCCGACGAGCUGGCUGUCGCCCUGCGUUGUUGACUACAUCGUCAGUGUGUGAAUGUGUGAUUUGAUGGAAUGGUUGUAAGUCGCUUUGGAUAAAAGCAUUUGUCUGUGCGACCGACAAAACUCCAAGGUAAAAGUGUGAACCUCUAGUUUCCCCUGGGACCUACCGGGCUGGUUGUUACCGUGGCCGGCAGCGACCGGCUCCUUGGGACAGCGGCGGGGGUUUGGUUGCCACCUUCCGCUAUGGGAGGGACCUCGAGCUGGGAUGCCAUCAAAGAUCACCGUGGUGGGAGAACUGCGGUCAGGGCCAGCUGCUGUGCCCUGCCAUUGUCUAUUGAUGCCAGCGUCCUAUGGCUGUGAAGUUAGCCUGUGGACAAACGAAGGCCAUUGUAAAUCAUUAGCUGGCAGAACAUCGGCUUGGGAUCCAGCAGACUCCCGGGGGAUGAUGUCCACCGUGGCGCCCCGGCCACCCCAGAAGGAGGACGAGGAGGAAGAGGAGGACGAAGAGCAAGGAGAACCGUUUGAGUUUGACGACAGCGCCGAGGAGAGUGUUCCUGAAGACGCCGUCGUAAAGCCCCCCCCCUCAACAGCUGAGGCCGCCGACUUGACAACCGAAAAGGUCAAGUGUGAAACGCAGUCAGAGGCCCCAACCGAGGGCAGCGCUGAUCCUCACUCCCAGCAGCCCGUGUCCACGGCGCCGAUGUCUCCCCCUGCUGGCCAGGAGGGGAACUCCUCCUCGGACGCCCCCCCAACCCCCAGCACAGCAGAUCAGCCUCUGGGAGACUCCAGUCGGUAAGUAGCACUUCUGCUUUCUCACAUCCUUAAGCUGAGACAUUGCUUCACUUAAACUUACGUAUGUUAUGUAUGCUGAUCUGUAAAACAUAUAUCACAGAAAAUAUAUGCUCUAUACUUUCACUGAACUCGUAUAUAACUAUGCCUGGUCAACCUAGAUCACUUUCAUCACUUUGUUGUGAAUAUUUAAAUAUGAUCUUAGUCCAUAUUGUGCUUAAAAUGCAACAAUUUCAAACCUCCUGCAAUUAAUCCACA